AUGAACGGAGACAGCGCGGUCCUGGCCCCCCCAGUGAUGGACAAGAGGACCAUUGUCCUGGCUGGCAUCCUGUUCCUUUUGUGCUUGGUGACAGUGGUGGGCAAUGGCUUCAUCACUGCAGCCCUGGGCAUUGAGUGGCUGCUGCGGAGGAGGCUGAACCCCUGUGAUAAGUUGUUGGUCAGCCUGGGAGCCUCGCGCUUGUGUCUGCAGUGGGUGGUGGUGGAAAAGAGCAUUUACCUCAUGCUCUACCCCAGGGCCUUCCUUUACAAUCCCGUGAUGCAGUUCUUCUCCUUCCAGUGGGACUUCUUGAACACCACCACCCUGUGGUUCUCUGCCUGGCUCAGCGUCUUCUACUGUCUGAAGAUUGCCACCUUCACACACCCAGCCUUCCUCUGGCUCAAGGGGAAGGUGACCAGGUGGGUGCCAUGGAUGCUGCUCAGCUCCCUGGGGCUCUCCAGUGUGAGCACCAUCUUAUUCUUCAUCGGCAACCAGUACUUGUAUCAGGACUACUUGAGAGACCUGCACAUGUGGAACAUCUCUGGGAAUGGCAUAAGGAGGUUCUAUGAGAAGUUCUACUUCUUCCCACUGAAGAUGAUUACCUGGACUGUGCCCACAGUUGUCUUCCUCGUCGGCAUGGUUCUGCUUAUCACGUCUCUCGGCAGACACGCCAAGAAGGCCCUUCUGACUGUCUCGGGAAGCUGGGAUGCCAGUGUCCAGGCCCACGUCAAGGCUCUCCUGGCUCUCAUCUCCUUUGCCAUCCUCUUCACCUCCUAUUUCCUGUCACUGGUGCUCAUCACUGCAGGUGUCUUUCCACCUCAGAAACUCCAGUACUGGAUUUGGCAGGUGGUGAUCUAUAUGUGCGCAGCCAUGCACCCCAUCAUUCUCCUCUUGAGUAACCCCAGGCUCAGAACCAUGCUGCACAGGAGGUGGUGCCCGAUGUCUGGGGCGUCGUGA